GGCGUACUCGUCGCGUCACGUCGGUGGUUUGCCGUUGGCACCGACACCGACACCAGCCUCGCCUCGCCUCGCCUCGCCUCGCUAGUACCGAAAGCAAGACUGACUUUAUGCUUUCGUUACGAUGCGCGACGUCUUCUGGAACUAUAUGUCGAGACCUUUAUUUUCUGAGUGAGGCGCGACACUCGAUCGCAUCCGAUUUCGAAGACGCCGUGUGUGGUCCGUCCAUGAACUGGAGUCGGAAUGGGUGCAACGCAGAGCUCCGAUUCCGUCCCUCAGAGUCCGUCUCCCGUUUCUACCGUGCCCGAGGGCUCUGUUCCUCUGGAUGUCCUGGAAGAGAUCUUCUUGAAGCUCCCCCCUCAGCAGGUGGUCCUGAUUUGUCGCUUAGUGUGCCGUCAAUGGAGAGACGUCGCCGACAGCCAGUCCUUAUGGAGAGAGCGAUGCCGUCGGGAAGGCCACCGGCUCCUCGCCGCGUCCAGAGUCCCCCGAGACUGGCGCUUGUUUUACUUCUUGUGCAAGAAGAAACGAAAUCUUCUCAAGAACCCGCGGGCUGAAGAUCAGAUGAGAGGUUGGCAGAUCUCGGAGAACGGCGGCGACCACUGGAAGGUCGAGGGUGUCUUGGUGGCGCACCCAAACGAAAGCGUCAAGAACAACUUUGUGACUUCGUACGGCAUGUGCAGCAAGUCCCAGCUGAUUGAUCUGGAGUCGGAAGGUUACAGCGCAUCCUUCAUGGACCGCAUCCAGCCGCACAUCAGAAUAGCCGACUGGUAUGCCCCUCGAUGGGACUGCGGCUGUCAAUACAAGAUCCACGUGGAUCUGCUAAAUCAAAGGAAGAAGCCAAUUGAGAGCUUUUCCCCCGACGAGAUUUAUUUUCAGCAAUGGAACGAUGGCAAAUGGAAGCAGAUCACACACUUGUUCCACAACUAUGGGCCAGGAGUGAGAUACAUCCGCUUCGUCCACGGCGGCAAGGACACCCAGUUCUGGGCCGGGUGGUACGGAAUCCGCCUUACGGACAGCUGCGUUGAGAUAUGUCCCGCCAUGGAAACCUAGUUGGAUGCACUUCACUUCAAAGGUUCCCUCAAGUAAGGAGACCCGGUUGAAAGUUGACAUCCAAAGCUUUUGUUUUGGAGUCUGCGGGCCUCGGCCGGUCUUCUGCAUCCGCCUGCAUGCGCUCCCGGCGCCGUCCCCCGCUAAGCCACCGUCUUUGAGGCGGCUCCCCUCGCUCCGGCACGGUUCUUCUCGGCCGGGACGUGUCCGACGCUCGGGGCGUUUGCGAGCGGCUUCUGGUUGUCUGGCGGGAUUUCUCUGUCGACGCGUACCGUCUGAACGUUCGCUUGUCAAUAAAAGGGACAACUUGCA